AUGAAAAAAAUAUUAGUCAUUUGUUUGAUAUAUCUAUCUAUAUCACUUGCCUAAGAAGAUUGUAAUUCCAGUUGUAUUUGUAAUCCAGGUUCAAAUGUGUGUGCCUCUUGUGUAUAACCUGAUGUUUCUACUAUGGAUUAAAAUAACAAAUCUUGUUAAUGUAACGAUGGAUACUAUGUGAGUUCUAUUAGUCCUUUUUAAUGUAGCUAGAGUAUUGCAGGACCAAGUAAUACACCAACUACUCCUAUUGACCCAUGCUAGGUUGCUAUCGGAACAUUAACAGGAAAUAUCUUAGUCCAAACUAGUUGUUUCAUGGAUGUUGAUCCCGUUUCUGAUUCUCAUACAGUCAUUUCUUAAUUUAAUUUACAAUUCGACUCUCAUUCUGCUAUGGACGAUUCAUGUAAAGCUAAAUACUAUGCCAUCCCCUACUAUUUACCUUCAGGUAAAAAUCCAAAAGUUGAUAAAUUUAUUCCUCUAGAUUAACCCCACUGGUAGGUUUUAAGUGAUAAAUGGGGAGGAGUUUAAAUGAGCUGGAGUCUUACUGAAGCUUACAAUUAUGCUAAUUCUAUUGACUCUACUUCUGAUCCUAAUUAAUUUAAUCACAUUAUAAUGCUUUAAAUGAACAUUAUGGUUAAUGGAAAAGUCUACAGACAUCAUCACUAUGAUGUAAUUGUCUAUACUGAUAGAAAUGAAGUACAGACUUUUAAUGUUGAUGUAGAUAUUCAAAGAACUCAAGACUGUACUGGUUCAUGUGUAAUUGUUGCUGAUUUAGAUGUAGCUGGAUAUAUUUGUGCAGAUCAAUCUUGCAGUGUCUAAAAAGUUGCUGAUUCAAAUGGAAAUUUCGAUUACACAGUAGGAGAUACUUUCUAUGCUAAAAUUUGGUUUAAGGAUGCAACAUUUACUAAGCAUUUGACAUUAAACAGAUUAUACUACAUGAAUUAAUCAGGUUUAGUUAGUGAUUAAACAAAACUUGCUUCCUCUUAAUGGGAUAACCAAUCUUUAAUUGUAACAUUACCACUUGUACAACCAAGCCCUUCUAAUUAAAUUUAGGUUUAAAUGUUGAUUGAUCCUAACUCAAGAUUAAGAUCUUUACAAGCUUCAAGUUCUUCUUCUACUUCAUAAUCAUCAACUAAUGCUGUAAGUUAGUCUUUCUAAUUCAGUGUUCAAGGAGGAUAACAAGUAUAAACAUCAACAACCUAUAGUGCUAGCUUACUUUUUGGAGUAUUGAAUUUAUUGGCGUUAAUUCUUUUAGUAUGA